UGGAUAAAUCCUCCGGUUCUAAGUAAUCAUAUCACUGGAAAUUGGAAUUACGGUGGUUUGGAGUUUGGUUCGGGUUUCCAAAACCGGUGUCACGCUUCAGUUUGAUGUCCGCAUAAAAUUUAUUCGGUUCGGUUACAUGUAAUGUUCUAAAUUAUUUUGUCGCUAAAGAUAUUAUUUGAUCCAAUCAAUAUUAAAGUUAUCAUAAUACACCUUAAAAAUAUCAAUGAGAUCAUAUCCUCUAACCCUGAAAUGCUGACAGGCUGAAUGAAGUUAUCAAUUAGUCAACUUAAUAUAGAUUAAAAUUAUUUCAAACCGACUUUCUAGUCAUAACUGGAAUUACUAUGACUAUGGACCACAAUAUUAAUUAUAAACAGUUGGGAGAAAGAAGAAAUAACUUAGGUCAACAUUUGUAAUAUUUUCUACCUAAAAUACUUUAAUGCCCCCCUGACAUCAGAUUCUUUAAUUUGACCAACGCCGAAAGGAGAGAGAGAGACAGACAUAGAGGGGAUAAAAAGUCAUAAAUGGCAUUCUCGUGAUUAUUACACGCUACCUCAGACUUUCCGUAAUUGUUUAUUAAUUGCCAUAUUAGUAUUGGCCAUGAAAUUAAAAUAAAUUUGAUUGAUAAAACGAGCUGUUCUUUUCUUUGCUGUAAUAAAUACAAGCGAGUCUUUAAUUUUCUUACAAGUUUUAAUCAAAUGGAGGAUGAUCGAAAAGAGAAGAACUCUCCAUGGCUAUCAGUGCCACAGUUUGGUGAUUGGGACCAGAAAGGAGGAGGAACUAUUCCUGAUUACUCCAUGGAUUUCACCAAGAUUAGAGAGAUGAGGAAACAGAACAAGAGAGACCCUUCUCGAGCCAGUCUUGGCAACGAGGAUGAACUCGUCAAGCCACCCGAGUCAGCUACUACAGCAACCGCUAAGCUCACCACGGUCCAUAGUGAAAACCAGCAUCACUUCUCUCCAGCCCACCAUCACCAACCACAUUCCCCUUCCACGAGGAGAAGCAUCUUCAGCUGCUUCAACUGCUGCGUCAAAGCUUGAAGGAUUCUUCUCUAGCAAUGGAGCUGUUUUUAUAUAUUGACUUAUGUCAUUCCAAUGUGGAAAAUGUAAUGUGAUCAUGAGACUCAUAUAUGUUUGAAACCAUUUCGAAUUUAUUACAAGAAAAAAAGAUUAGGGUAGAAUCAAGCUUAA